UUCCCCGCAACAGGCAUCAAGAACUAUUACUGUAGUACUGCCUCCCGCGCAGUCGGGCUCACUAUGGCCUCCUCGUUCGUCCCAACCGCCAAUGAACGCGCCAUAGUGGACAAAAUAUUCUCUCAGAAGGAGCUCCACGACCUAGGCAUCCUUCCCGGAGAUAUAGCGCUCGAAUUGUUCAACAAGACCAACCUUCCUCUUGAGACACUCAGCGAUAUAUGGAACGUUGUGGAUACCGACCGCCAUGGCUGGCUUACCCCGCAGCAAACUGGUGCUGCAGUUCGACUGAUAGGUUUGGCUCAGUCUGGCGCGAAACCUAUUAAUUCAGAACUGCUUGCUCAACCCGGCCCACCGGCCCAUAUUCCGGACAUCUCAGAUGUUGCCUCAACGAUUCCAGCGUUGACACCAGAAGACAAGGCAAAAUACCGCAGCUUGUUUCGUCGCACCCAGCUGGAUGGACUUGUUGGGAGUGAAAAGGCACGCAAUAUGUUUGCAAAGUUUACAGCAUCUGAAGAGAUUGUCUCGAGAAUAUGGAAGCUUGCAGACACUCAGCAGCGAGAAGCUUUGGACAUUACCGACUUUGCCAUAGCCAUGCAUCUCAUCCAAUGGAUAACGAAGGACGGCCCAUCUGUCGUUCUUCCUACAACUCUACCUAAAGGACUGUACGAACAAGCCGCGUCUGGACCAUCAUCGCCAUUGAUAGUCCCCAAGCCGUUAUCACCGUCAUCCUCCCCGCCUCGCCUAUCGCUGAGCCCAGGAUCUAACUCGAGCGGCUUUGAUCGACGCAUUUCCCGUUCUGUCCUUGCCUCUCCCUCGAGCCCUAUGCUGUCUCCGAAUUCGGCCGCUGGCCCUUCUCGGCGAGCUUCAUAUUCUCCACUUCCUUCUCCGCGAAAUGAUGAGAAAUCGGCUUCUGUAGACUGGAAAAUUCCCGAUGAUCUAAGAGCAAGGGCUAACCGCGAAUUCGAUGCCCUUGAUCCUCUCAAGAGCGGCUCCAUUCCUGACAAUGUUUCUCUGCCAUUCCUAAUGGAGUCCAAGUUGUCUACAGAAGAUCUCGCCCACCUCUGGACGCUGGCUGAUCUCAAUGACGACGGGAACUUGACGCGGGAGGGUUUUGCCAUUGCACUAUAUCUAGUGGAUGAGAGACUACGGGGACGUAUUCUCCCUCCCACCCUUCCUCCUUCUCUCAAGCCCGAGGUCGAACGAAUCAAACCUCCAUUAGUUCCGCCAAAGUCCCCCAAAGCGCCUGGGACAAUCCGACGCCCAGCUCCUCUUCCUCCCAAGAGUGCACCACCACCACCGCCACCAGCCAAACCACAUACGCUGUCCUCGCGGUCUUUCGAGAGGCCAGCCCAACCAAGACUUUCGAUACCUAGUUUCGAUGACAAUUUUACUCCUGCCGACACUUUCCGCAGACGGGCGACAUCAGUCGUCUACCCAACGUUACCUGCGCAUGCAAAUCAUGUUCGGUUCUCUUCCGUCUGGUCGCCAGACAAUAAAAUGCUCGCUCCCUUAACUGAAAGUUCUCCUCGUCAAUCGACCACAAACCCAGAUCCCCAAGACGUUAUAAUCCAUCAACUUGAACAUCGGAUUGGAGACAUGCAAACCAAGUACAACCAACUCCGACUAUCGAAUACCGAACAAGCUGUCUCAUUGGCAAAUAUCACGCAAGAAAACGUUUCGCUUCGGGUCGUGAUUGAAGAACUUCAAUGCCAGCUCGCCAGCCAUGAUCUGGCUAGUGCACGUGCAGUCAAUCAAGUUCUCGCUGCGGAGAACGAGGGACUUCGGAAAGCUUUAGAGCUGUCUGUAACUGAAGUCAAGCAGCUUCAAACGUCCCAUACCGAUGCGGAGCUUCAUCGCAUCGAGGUUGAUGACCUCAGGAGAGAAAACGAGCGUCUCCGUAGCCAAGUUGACGAGAUGCGGGCCUCAACCACACAGUUACCGUGGUCUGGUGGCGAUUCAGAAUUGCAAACCCUCAUCAACGAGGACUUGGCACGCGAAAAUGCUCGUCUACGGCUGGAAAGUCGCGAGUCUCAGGACAAGCUUACACAGGCAACAUCGGGACAAGCAGACCAACAAAGAGCAAACGAGGAACUGACUCAAACUAACGAAAGAUUACAAACGGAGGCCCAGACUAUCCGAACGCGUUUUGAAACUCAGCGGCGUGAGUUCCGGCAACUUGCGAGAGAAGUUGAGCGUCUCAAAAACCAAUUGCGUGGGUCAAAUAAUGCCAAUGGAGCAGCCUCGGGAAGCUAUGACGCCGAAAUACAACCCCCAGCAUAUAAUGAGGUUCCAACUGCAAUUCUAGAUUGA